UCUUUCUCUCUCUUCUUUUUCCAUUUUUCUAUUUUUUUUUCCUUUUAAUAUUAAAAUAUCGAUAUUUUUGCUUUCAACUUGAUCCUGUUUUUUCCCUCAUCUUAUCAAAUCUGAACAUCUCAAGCCCAAGACCCUGCGUUGAAAUCUAACCAGGACGAUAACGUUGUUUCCAGAAUAUACGCUAUUCAUCCUAUCAUCAAGAUCCAAAAUGGACUAUCGAUGGACUAAUGGUAGGCAGGAUACAGGUGGCCGUGACAGGAGGCAAUCUAAAAAGGAACAGGCAUAUCAUGACUCUCUUGUUGAGGAUUUGUCAGAUGAUUUCCGCUUGCCAAUCAACCACAGGCCAACAGAAAAUGUUGAUCUGGACAACGUAGAGCAAGCAUCUCUGGACACACAGUUAACAUCAUCUAAUAUUGGCUUUAAGCUUCUCCAAAAGAUGGGAUGGAAAGGAAAGGGUCUUGGGAAGGAUGAACAAGGAAUCACUGAGCCAAUUAAAUCUGGGAUUAGAGAUCCAAGACUGGGAGUUGGUAAGCAAGAAGAAGAUGAUUUCUUUACUGCAGAAGAAAAUAUCCAGAGAAAAAAACUUGAUGUUGAGUUGGAGGAGACAGAAGAACAUGUGAAGAAGCGGGAGGUGUUAGCUGAACGUGAGCAAAAAAUUCAAACUGAAGUGAAAGAAAUCCGAAAGGUGUUUUAUUGUGAUCUCUGCAACAAGCAAUACAAAUUAGCUAUGGAAUUUGAAGCACACUUGAGCUCUUAUGAUCACAAUCACAGAAAGCGAUUCAAACAAAUGAAGGAAAUGCAUGGUGGUAGUAGUCGAGAUGAUAGGCAAAAGCGAGAACAACAGCGUCAAGAGAGAGAAAUGGCAAAGUUUGCUCAAAUUGCUGAUGCUCAAAAGCAGCAACGGCUUCAACUGCAACAAGAGUCUGGAUCAGGAACAGUGUCCUCCGAAUCUAGAACUGCUACUGCACUUACAGAUCAGGAGCAGAGAAAUACUUUGAAAUUUGGGUUUUCAUCUAAAGGCAGUGCUUCCAAGAUAACAUUUGGUACCAUGAAACAAAAUGUUGCAAAGAAGCAAAGUGCCCCGAUCUCCUCUAUAUUUAGUAAUGAUAGCGAUGAAGAAUAAAGGAACAUUACUCAUGCAGUGGCGUAUCAGUAUGUUGUGACAUUUAUCUGGUUUGGUUUGCAUUAGAUGUUUUAUUAAACAUUUGCCACCAUCCUCAGUUCAAGAGGAAGAAAACAUUUGGAAUUUCACGAUAAUUUGGUAGACCAGAAAUGUUAUCUGUUUAUCUGUGUGACAAUAUUAUGUAAGGAUUUUAUAUUUUUUACGUGGGUACAAUAGUUAUGUUAGUUUCCGUAGUUCCAUUGAUUCUUGAAUCAAGAUUUUAGGCCACGGCCAACAA